AUGGAUUUCAAGCCCUCCUUCGGGGUCGCUCCGCGCGGUGGCAGUCCUGAGCAAGUCCAGGAACCCAGAAAUAAAACUUCGCAGUCAUCGAAUAUCAGAGACGGCUAUACUCCGCCAGAAAUUGACCAGUCCCACGAUAUCGCACUGGUCAGCAAGUUACUGAAUCGGUCUCACAACUGUCAUGGUGUUUGCAAUGAAAAGAUCUUAGUCUGGGGUCUUCCCGGCUGUGGGAAACGUCGGAUUGCGACUCAAGCGGCCCUACAAUUCUCUGCCAACACUGGUUGCAAAAUCUUGUGGAUUGAAGGUCGAUCCUUUGAAACCUUUGUCCGCGACUAUCGAAAUGCCUACACCACUCUUACCGGUCAGCCACUUCCACAAGGUCUCACCACGGGCUCUCUUCUCCUCAAGAUUAUGGUCACACUUGAAAGCCGUCGAACCGAAUGGCUUAUGGUCAUCUUCGACCUUCAGUACUAUCUCGAAGAUGGCGGCGACACGGGGCCCAACUCGGCACCGACGUCCUUUCUCCCUGACUGGUGCCGGAUCCUGGUCACAUCUUCGUAUGUCGUAGCAAGCUCCGAUGGUAGUGUUGACCAGGAUCUUUCGAUGAUAUGCGGUCUCAGAUUUGCCCGAAAAGCCACUUGUCUUCACGUCGUCGGGUUUGAUGAGAGACAAACGGCCCAGUAUGUCAAGGAGUCCGGCCUCAACAGCUUCGAUCUCGGAUUCCCUGCCUUUCGCCACCAAUCAUGUACAUCCAUCGCCCCUCUCCGUCUGGCAUUGUCCUGUGCUUCCAUGCGCUUCCUAGGAAUCUCUGCGAGCCAGUUCAGUCAAAUGUGCCGACGCAAAUUCGCCGACAGCAGCAGUCCGUCAUGGCCGGGUUCAACUCCCACCUUUGCCGACACCAUGUCAAUCCUUUGGGACGCUCUUAACAACUAUGACCCUGCCGCAGGGAUUCUGUUAACAAUUUGUUCUGCGGUGGAUCGACUUGACAUCCCCAUUGUUCUCCUGCACAAAUUUCCCAUUUUCCGAGAGGACGACGGUGAAAGACUGUCUUCAGUGAUCAAUAUCCUGAAAUUGAGUGGUCUCCUCGAGGUGCGUCGCAAGUUCGAUCUGGAUACAGUCAAUUUGCAUCUGCUGGUGUAUCGUUGGCUUCAAGUCAGCCUCCGAAGGAUUGAGGACGGUCAAGAAUAUGCUGAUCUGAUGACUGCCUGGAUUGCCAUCUUCACCGAGUAUCUCUCCGUCCCGAAGGCGGAUCAGAUCAAAGAGGGACCGAUUUUCAGUCCCGAUAAGUUUUGGCCGGUUGCAGCUCACGUGGCUUCUCUUUGCAAUCUCAAGCCUGAUCAGGUUCGUGCCUUGUGCAGUGUGGCUUAUAUGACCUUUUUAAGGCAUGUGGCCAUUUUCUUGGUCGAAGAUGGCAUUCUUUCCAAUCUGGCCGGUGUGACCAUAACACAUGCAUUCAAUAUGUGCAUGCUAUUACACGCCCGUGGCAAUGAUGGUGUGCAAUUGCAUCGUGAGUACGUCCUUAUUCGACAGAUUAGGUCGGCCGCAUAUCUCAAAGUCUCCGAAUUCCGUCAAGCGGAAAACGAAUUGCGCGAAGCCAGAUUGUUCUUCAAUCACCACUUGACGCGCGACACGGCCAGCCAACAUAUGCUCCGUCAGAUCCAAGAUGCGGAAGCCCACUUACACAUCAUCCAAGGUCAUUAUCCGGAAGCGGGUCGAUUGUUGACUGACAUCCUGGCGUCACCUGAAUCCAACCCCGAUCCAUUCAAGAUUGCGCAACGGCACUAUUGGACGGCAAUCUACAAAACCGCUGUGGAGGCCGACAUUAGUGCGUUGGAGCAUUCACACAUGACCAUGACGUACUGGAAGACUCUCGCCCCUGAGGACCAGUGGGGAUACAAGGACAGCAGGAGACUUCACUGGGUUGAAAAACACGUUCUCAGUCUCAUGUGCAUGAGAAAAUACAAAGGAGCCCUCCUUCUAGGCAGAAAGCUCCUGGAAAGGACUUUCGAACUUACCUCCGUCCUUGGUCCGUCUAUUUGCCGUCUGACUUACAGGGUUGCUUAUUGUCUCUGCGCUCUCGACAAGGUGAAUGAGGCUGAAAGCGCUGUCUGUCAACUUCUCGAGCUGUCAUCAUACGGAAGAUUCGAAGACGAGACUUUGUCAUACCUCCUUCAUAUGCUACAUGAACUGGGAAUAGCAUUACAACGAAACGGCCGUACUGUGGAAGCCGAAGGCGUUUAUCGCUUCAAUUUGCGAACGGCAAAACGGUUCAAUGUGAGGAAUUUGGCAGGAACAGACAAAUAUGACCCUACGGGCGACUGGAUUCAACUGGUCAUGUGUUUUCUGGAGCAAGGAAAAACCCUGGAGGCUAGACGUCUCCGGGACGAGUAUCAAACGGAAGAAGUGAAUGAGGAGUUCAUGGACAACACGAUCCGAGACGCCUUAAAAGCAUAUCGGCAUAUGAUCUACGUGUACACGAGGACAAUCGAGGCCGAAAAAGCCGGUGAUGUCCUGGAGUGGAAAGCUAUCCUUGAUACCAGUACCACUCGCCCGGCACUGAAACGUGCCAUAAAAAUGUUCGGGCAUCCAAGACGACGAAUCGAACGAGACCGAGACUUUGAGAGCGAUAUUGACAUACACAAUGUUGGAAGAGCCAGACGGAGCCGGAUCCUUCAACUCUUGAACUUUCCACUGAUAUAUCUAUCUUUUGUCAACGCGAAUUCGGUCCAUGCCGAUCCAACAGAAAAUGAGGAAUUAUGGGCCAACCAAAAACAAAGUGUUCUUGGUCAAUAUUGGAAAUGGUGUGAUUGCAGGAGGAAGAGAAAUCGAAGUCAAAGCACCGAUGAAUUUGAACAGAUUAUGAAGCAUGUCAUUGUCAAAGAGAAUGCUCAUCCCAAUCAGGGACGAAAGAAGCUCCAACAAAAACUGAUUACGGAUUGGGUCAUCCGGAAGCCCGGGGGGACCAAUUCCAUAUCUGAGGCAUGUAAUCCAUCUUGUCCCUGCAUUGAAGCCAAUCGAAAUGGCCAGAGAGAAGCAUUGAAAUUGGAAUCGAAUCUCCUGUUAUGGAAGGAAUCAAACGACGAGAGUUCAUCGAAAUCGAAGAACCGGCCCCGAUAUCGGAAUUCCAAACCGAAUCGAUCUCCCAUUCCUGAAAACGAGAUGUUCAGCCUCAUUCUGCCCAAUAAUUGGUGGUGGGUUCAGUCGGAAUUUGCCAAUGGCGAGAACGAAGGCGAAAAUUACAUUAUUCCCCGUGCAAUUGAUAUUCCGGGGAUAUCCAUUACUCCACCUGAUGGGCAAACGGAUCUUUUACCAAUGGCAACGGAUCCCCAGGAGAAGAUGACCAAAUUUUACCAGAGGGAUUAUGCUGCUGAUUUCGCAAAGGUCUUGGAAAGGCAAGAGCGUGAACCUAUGACACCCACCGCGUUGGAUGUUAUUCUGGAAGACGAUGAAGAUGAAGAGUAA